AUCACUGCAGCCAUCAGUGCAAGGACAGCUUAAUCAGCCUGCCUGGGAGGGAGGAGGCGAAGGAGGAGGGCUGGUCCCUAGCUCUUCCUGUAAUCACUGACGCCGAUUCCUCUGCAGGGGGAGAGAAAAAACCAACCAAAUCCCACCCCGGCAGCAGCUUCCCCUGCCUGGUGCUUUGCCUGCUUCCACCAGGGCGCCUGCUCAUCGGCCCCACCGUUCCUGCAUGACUGUCACCAAGAUGUCAUGGCGUCCGCAGUAUCGCAGUUCAAAGUUUCGAAAUGUCUAUGGGAAAGUGGCGAACCGAGAGCACUGCUUUGAUGGGAUUCCAAUUACCAAGAAUGUUCAUGACAACCACUUCUGUGCUGUUAAUGCCAAGUUCCUCGCCAUAGUAACAGAGAGUGCUGGCGGAGGGUCCUUUCUUGUCAUUCCACUGGAACAAACUGGUCGGAUAGAACCAAACUACCCAAAAGUCUGCGGUCACCAGGGCAAUGUGCUUGACAUCAAGUGGAAUCCUUUUAUUGAAAACAUCAUAGCUUCUUGCUCAGAAGACACCUCAGUCCGGAUAUGGGAAAUCCCAGAGGGCGGCUUGAAGCAGAACAUGACCGAAGCUGUUCUAGAGCUCUUUGGCCACAGCCGACGGGUCGGCCUCGUUGAAUGGCACCCGACCACCAACAAUAUCUUGUUCAGUGCAGGAUAUGACUAUAAGGUUCUGAUCUGGAACCUGGACAUUGGAGAGCCCGUGAAGAUGAUAGAUUGUCAUACAGAUGUCAUUCUCUGUAUGUCCUUCAAUACCGACGGCAGCCUGCUGUCUACCACCUGCAAAGACAAGAAGCUGCGAGUCAUUGAGCCACGUUCGGGCAAAGUCCUUCAGGAAGCCAGCUGUAAGAACCAUCGUGUGAACCGGGUGGUCUUUCUAGGUAACGUGAAGCGACUUCUAACGACUGGAGUCUCAAGGUGGAAUACGAGGCAGAUUGCACUCUGGGACCAGGAAGACCUGGCCAUGCCUCUCAUAGAGGAGGAGAUCGAUGGGCUGUCAGGGCUCUUGUUUCCUUUCUACGAUGCUGAUACGCACAUGCUGUAUUUGGCUGGAAAGGGCGAUGGGAACAUCCGAUACUAUGAAAUCAGCACAGAAAAGCCCUAUCUGAAUUAUCUCAUGGAGUUUCGCUCUCCUGCCCCACAGAAAGGACUGGGUGUGAUGCCAAAGUACGGGCUGGAUGUGUCUGCAUGUGAGGUGUUCAGAUUCUAUAAACUGGUUACCUUAAAGGGUCUGAUUGAGCCAAUCUCUAUGAUCGUGCCAAGGAGGUCUGAAACAUACCAAGAGGAUAUUUACCCGAUGACUCCAGGUAUAGAACCAGCCCUGACACCAGACGAAUGGCUGAGUGGAAUGAACAGAGAUCCCGUACUGAUGUCUCUGAAGGAGGGCUAUAAGAAGGCAUCCAAAGUUGUCUUUAAGGCACCAAUAAGAGAGAAAAAAAGUGUUGUUGUCAAUGGAAUAGAUUUGUUAGAAAACGUGCCCCCCAGGACAGAGAAUGAGCUCCUCAGAAUGUUCUUUCGACAACAAGACGAGAUCCGACGGUUGAAAGAUGAGCUUUCGCAGAAAGACAUAAGAAUUCGACAACUACAGCUGGAGUUGAAAAACUUACGUAACAGCCCGAAGAAUAAUUAAAUUAACCUCAAAGGACAUUUUAUAAAUAAACGUUUUGUUUAUAUUUGCUCUUUUAUUUUACUGUAUCCACUUACACAGAAUAUGAGCCAGAAGUCAAAUGACCUGCCAUGCUAACUGGAAGUAUGUCCUUGUAGUCUUAUCUAGCGCUAAAAAGAAAGACCUGUACACUAUAACUGAAAAUAACUGCAUGAAAGGAAGCUGGGUAUGUAUUUAUAUCCCAGCAUUUUUCGUGGAGUAAGUAGAAGAGCAGUUUAUUCUCUAUAUCUAAAGACUACGGAACUAACCAAUAGGGCACAACUUAAAUUUAACUUGAAAUAGAGAGAGAAUGAAAAGAGAAUACAGGGUGCCCUUAAGAAAGCAAUAUGGUUUAUUGCUAUUAACUUUUUCCUAUGCAAAGUCUGACAAAGAAUGCACACAGCCUACAAAACUGGAAUUUUAAUUCACUUAACUAUAACCUAAAAUAUAGGGCUUAAUUCACAAAUGUUCUCUCCAAAUCUUCUUGCCCUGGCCUUUAUUUAAAGGAGGUUCAGGAAAACCUGCCCUUUGCCCUGGCACUUGGUGCAAAAGUUUCCUUUUCUGGGGAAAGGUGGCAAAAUUUGAAGUCAGUGUCUUAGAAAUUGGCCUGAUGGUCAGAUGUUCAAGUUCCUUGGUCAAUUGCUGCACUCCUUAAUUUGUCACUUUCUUAAGUUUAUCUGUAUGGAA